AUAUCAUCUUCAUCAUCACCAAAAACAUCGCUAUCAACGUCCUUAUCACCACCAACAACACUGACAAUAUCAUCGCAAUCAACAUCCUUAUCACCAUCAACACCAUUGACAAUUUCAUCGCCAUUAAUUUCUUCAUCAUCACCAACACCAUCGACAAUAUCAUCGCCAUCAACAUCCUUAUCACCAUCAACACCAUUGACAAUAUCAUCCCCAUCAACAUCUUCAUCAACAUCUUCAUCAACAUCUUCAUUACCAUCAACACCAUCGACAAUAUCAUCGCCAUCAACAUCUUCAUCAAUAUCUUCAUCAACAUCCUUAUCACCAUCAACACCAUCGACAAUAUCAUCGCCAUCAACAUCUUCAUCAACAUCUUCAUCAACAUCCUUAUCACAAUCAACACCAUUGACAAUAUCAUCGCAAUCAACAUCCUUAUCACCAUAA